UUCUCAUGGAGCAGGAUCAAUGGUGUAGAAACUCUUGGGUGAAGACAAAUGAGUUACUAAGAAAUUGGCAUCUGAGAAAACGCAGAGUACCCAGACUGCAAGCAACGUGGACUCCCUGCUGGGUUGGUAGGUGGGCCUUUGUGGGCAGGAGCAGAGACGGGCAGAGGACAUCCGGCUGUAGAGCACACUUGUCAGCAAAGUCCCCUUUUGGUUAUCUGGAGACACGUUUUGGAAGGUGCCUCUCUUUUCCCUGGAAAGUCCAGUGUCCCUGUGAGCUUGGAAGGAGCUGCCUGAGACUCUCUGUUCAGCUGGCAUCCACAGCCCUGAGCCACCAGAGCCUGGAGAAGAUGCAGCUGUACCUGGUGCUUCUCCUCAUCAGCUUCUUGCUGACUCCGAUCGGUGCUCCCAUCUUGGGGCGCUGCACGGUGGCUAAGAAGCUCCAUGACGGGGGUUUGAAUUAUUUUGAGGGCUACAGCCUUGAAAACUGGGUGUGUCUGGCUUAUUUUGAGAGCAAGUUCAACCCCUCAGCUGUCUAUGAGAACUCACAAGAUGGCUCCACCGGCUUUGGCCUCUUUCAGAUUCGUGACAGUGAAUGGUGCGGCCACGGCAAGAAACUCUGCAGCGUAUCCUGCACUGCUUUACUGAAUCCAAACUUAAAGGAUACAAUCAAGUGUGCCAAAAAAAUCGUGAAAGGGAAACAUGGGAUGGGGGCAUGGCCCCUCUGGUCCAAGAACUGCCAGCUGUCUGACAUUCUGGAUCGGUGGCUGGAUGGCUGUGAACUGUAGGCACCGGAGUGGCCCUGCCUCACUUGCCAGCUGUGUCUUGGGACCGAAGAUGCUUUUCUGUUUGCUGCUUCCAGUUAUCUCACCACUCGACAGCUCCAGAUGGAAAAGGACGCCAGUCCUCACUUCAUCCAGGGGUGCAAGGUGCAGAAUAAACCAGCUAAUUACUCA